ACAACAUCAGUCUGCUUCGAGAACACGAUUCGAACGUUCAGUGACUUCAUUGGGUAAGCUGAUGAUAUUUAUCUUAAUUCCCUUGGAUUAUUUUCGUGAUGUGAUAUGUUCUUGACGUCACAGUCGUAAAAUAGCGCGUGAUGUUUAUAUGAUAACGAAUCGAUUUACAGAAUAAACGGUUAAAUAAUGAACAUAAAUAAAAUGCGCGGCCUUCGAUGUAAAGAUGUUUGUAUUCUCUUUUCUCUUUACUAAUUUGUAGGAGAGCCUAUAUAGACCUUGAUUCUACGCGUGUGACGAGGCCGUCUUCGAAGCAAAAUACAUGAUCGCAGCUUGAGCGCCAGACAGGGAAGAAAUCUCACGCGUGAGACCAGUGGAAGUUAAAGCACGAUGGAAUACGUGACAAUUCAUUCCGGGAAAAAACCAUAUAAGUGCGAUCUGUGUAAUGUUGCUUUCUCCUGUCUCAGUGCUGUGAAGAAACACUUGAGAACUCACACGGGAGAAAAACCGUAUAAGUGCGAUUUAUGUGAUGCUGCCUUCUCACAAUUGAGUCAUGUGGGGCGGGCGGGGGGGGGGGGGGGCGGUCAAAAUCUAAAAUCAAAAUCAAUCUAUAAUUAA